UAGAUACAAAAAGAUAUAAAUAGUGAUCCCAACUCCACACGUACCUACACUUUUAGUUGGACUAAAAAUGUUGACUUUGGUGGUGCUUACAGUACUUUUUAGUUUUUCGUACGCUGUCGACGUAAGAAUUGUCAAUGGUACGGACGUUGAAGAAGGAGACUUCCCAUUUGCAGUUUCUGUGAGAGAGAAUGCGAGACAUAUAUGUGGAGGUACAAUUCUCGAUGAGACACACGUGCUGACUGCUAUCCAUUGCGUUUGUGCGCCCGAUGAGCUUCUAGACCCCAAUCUCUAUUCCAUCCAGUAUGGAUCGAUCUACAUAUCAGAAACUUCUGAAAGAAGUGUGCAAGUUGCCAAAAUUGUCUGCAAUGAUGAUCAGAAAAAUGACUCUGCUGUUUUAGUGCUAGCGGAACCACUGUCAACUGACUACCCUUGGCAACCUGUUACGUUGUACAGAGAUUUCAGUACGAGUGUCGAACAUCAAGGAGUUAUCAUUGGAUGGGGUAGAUUAUGGAAUAAUGGGCACACAUCAUCCGUUCUUCAAAAACUGGCCGUUGAAAUCUACUCAGAUUCGAUUUGCGGACGGGAUUUUGAUAUAACUAAACACGUUUGCAUUGGAGCACCCGUUGGAGGAGCUUGUUAUGGGGAUUCAGGCUCACCGCUCUUGGUGGAAGGCAAGCAGGUGGGCAUAGAUUCGUUCAUCACAAUCGCUUGUGGAACAGCCAAUACAACUUACCCGAAUGUUUAUCACAAAAUCACGGCCUCCCUGGAUUUCAUAGAUAACAUCCUUAAUUCGCAUUAAAUACAUUUUAUUUACAUCAAUAAAUACCUUACUAUUA